AUGGAGACCAGACGACGCAGUAUCACCCGCCUCACAUCAGCAGUCUCGUCGUGCGGCUAUCAGGAAGCAACGACGGUGAAGACGACCGCCACGCCACCGCCGGAGACUAUGCACCCGGAGAAGUCUCCCGUGACCGGCCCUCAUUUGCUCGCUCAGAUCGGCGUAAGGGUGAAAAUGCCAAAGCCCUCUUUUCUGCUGAGUGUCUUCUCGUUAUGGUUUCGAUUUCCGAAUUUGGGGAACGACGAACAGAAAUUAUCUGUGAGAAACAACGGACAUCGAACUCGUGCAAGUUCUAGCUCACCAGGCCGUCGUGCUUAUGAUGAUCACCGACAUUCUGACUUUAAUCAUUCAGGCGCACCGCCUCGUGCUUAUGAUGAUCACCGGAACUCUGAUCUUAAGCAUUCAGGCGCUCCGCCUCGUGGCCGUGAAUUCAGCAGCAGAAGGGAAGCACCUGGGAGACACAGAGACUACUCACCACUCAAUGCUAGAGGCGGAGCUGGUGCUCGUCCACAUGGAAGACGUUUUGAUGAGCCUGAACAUGCGGAUAGCUUGAGCAGAAACAGUAAUAACCCAAAGGUGCAACCAAGAGAUGGAGAUUGGUACUGUCAAGAUCCAUUAUGCAGAAACUUGAACUUUGCGAGACGAGAAUCCUGCUACAAAUGCAAGAGGCAUCGCUACGCACGUGCCAGUAGUCCUCCACCGCCUCGUCUUCUUCCUCCUCCCAUGAACUUCUCCCCAAGAAGAGACUUUAAUGGCUACAGGUCUUCUCCUCCACGUGGCUGGCCCAGAGACUACCCGCCACCAAGACACGACCACCCUCCCACAUGGGGAGACAGAGACAGAGAACGAGACCGUUUGCAUUACUCGGACAAUGAGUACCUUCCUAGCAGAAGAGUAGCAUCUGACUGGGUCCGUACUGAGCCGCUCCCAAAACCUCACUAUGAGAGACGGCCACCUCCUCUCAGUCCACCGCUUCCUCCACCUCGUGGUGGCAGAUGGGGACGACUUUCAAGAGAAAGGAGCAGAUCACCACCGCCAUUGAGAGAUGGUCCACCGCCGCCAAUGAGAGGCGGUCCACCACCGCUCAGAGAUUACCGCCGUGACAGUUACUUUGAGAGAGGAGGACGAGACGAUCGGCGUGGCGGCAGAGACAGAACGGGAAAUUCUUACUGAUGCAAAACUGUGUAUGUCUUGGUGGAUAUGGUUUAGAGUCUUUUAGACAGUUAAAAUUUUUACCCGGAAAAUCAAUGUGACCUUGUAUUACACCUUUAGAUUCUUUGUUCCUAAUUUUGAAUGUUAGAAAAUUUUGGUGCUCUUUGUGCAAAAUCAACAACAACAAGAAGCAAUAUUUUUGGUGCUC